AGCGAGAAGAGAAAAUCCUGCUCCCAGGGGAGCCCCGAUCUUCACGCCGCGGCCUCCCACGUGAAGUGCCUGGCCGGCCCUGAGUGGAAUAAGCCAAAGGCAGACUCUGGCCUCUGUAACCUCAAAUCUGUGCUUGGGCAGGAGCCCCCUGGGCAGCCCGAGAAGAAGGCGUCCAAACAGAAGGCACGUGGACAGAGAGAGGAUGGGGAGCCCACACUAAAGAAGUUGAGAAACCCAGCGCUCAGCCCGGGCCAGUCCCCUGCGGCCACAGCGCCGGUCCAGGCGGCCGGUCUGGACAGGUCCGAGGUGGGCCAGCCCCGUGAGAGCGAGAAGGUGAAGCAGGCUGACGUCCUCAUAGCCCAUCUGGCCAGGGAGGUGCGCCGCCUGAGGAGGUGGAAGAAGAGGCAUUUGCUCGCUGCUGUCGGGGAGCCGUCGUCCCUGGAGAGCCUCCAGAAGCCGCCGUGCCUGAAGAAGCUGGUCAGAAUUCUGAAGGCAGAGACCAAGGGCUGGGCUUUCCCUAGGCAUUCCCCCGGCCGCCUGGACACGGCGGGGCAGAAGCCAGCGUCCGACACCAGACGGCUGUUCACUGCUGACUGCAAGAACGUCUGCCACGUCACCUGCCCUCGCUGUCAUGCUAGUGUCCCACACGGCAGAUGGAAGGGCCGUUUCCAAACCUCAGGCCUGCUCCAUCACUUGGUGGGUAAGCACGGGCUGGAGAGAGCGAGGAGGCCAGCCGCAGCCAGCCCAGGGGAGAAGGGGGAAGGGACCAAGGAGAAAAAGCACAAGGGCCUGCCCGCCAGCGCCGAAGGGCUCCCGUCAGCAGGACACGGCCCCGGUGCCUCCACUUCGGGAGACAGUGGCCAGCAGCUGGCCCCGGGCACGCCUGAGCCACUGUUCCUGGCUCCGCCCCUCUUGCCUGCUUCCACCAAAGAUGAACCUGCUGCUCUCCCGCUAGCGGUCACGGAGGGCCAGGGUGACCCCUGCGCCCCCAGCCCGCCCCGAGCCCAGGCCUGGAACCGUAGCAUCGCAGAGCUGCUCUGUAGCCUGGCCUUGCCGCUCUCCUUUGUUUCGUCCCCGCCUUUCAGAAGGUUUAUGGCCCAGGCGGACCCUUGCUACCACGUGCCGCCUCCAGCCUUCUUCUCCAAUACCGCGCUGCCUCUGCUGCACGCGGCCGUGGACGAGCAGGUGUGUCGGGAGAUGCGGCGGGCCGAGGGCGGCUGCGUCCACCUCACCGUGUCCACGGCUGCCCGGGACUCCGCUGUGGACUACGUGGCCGUCACUGCCCACUGGGGGGCAAUACGGCCGGGCAGUCGGCAGGGGGCGUCGGAGAGCCGCAGGAAGCGAGCCGUGCUCUGGGUUCGAGGCCUGUCCCAGGAGAGCACCGCGGAGGAGAGGCAGCGGGAGCUGCGGGAGCAGGUCAGCCUGUGGCUCAGCCGCACCUGCCUGCAGCCGGGCUUCCUGGUAUCCGGCAGCUGCCUCAGCCUGGAGCAGGCCGUGAGGACGGAGGGCUACACCCACCUCCCCUGCUUUGCCCACUGCCUCGACUCCCUGGUGACAAGCUUCCUGUGUCACCAUCAAAGCGUCCAGAUCAUCCUGGGGACGGUCAGGGCCAUCUGCAGUCACUUCCACGGCUCUGCCAGGGCCAGGCAGCUGCUGACACAGCUGCAGCGGCAGUGCGGCCUCCCGGCCCCGCAGCCCUUUUGGGAGCUCUCAGACCACUGGGUGUCCGCCUUCCACCUGAUGGAGUGGCUGGUGGGGCAGCAGCGGCCGCUGCGGGAGUACGAGGAGGAGCACCAGCUGGGCAAGGCCGGCUCGGCCCUGUCGGCCGUGUUCUGGAGCCUGAUGAACAGUCUGGUCACGCUUCUGCGGCCCUUCCAGGUGGCAGUCCAGGAGGCGAGCACGGCUCGGGCUUCUCUGAGCCAGGUGCUGCCGCAGCUCCGCUUCCUGCACAUUUUCGUGGAGCAGGUGCCCCAGCACUUGGAGGAGCAGGGCGGCGUGGAAGUGGGGGCCGCCGUGCGGCUGGCCAAGGGCCUGGCCCUGCAGCUCACCACAGAUCGGCAGCUCAAUGAGCUCUUCCACCGCGAGGAGUUCGUGCUGGCAACCCUGCUCGACCCCCGCUUCAAGGGCCGGAUCGAGGCCAUCCUGCCCACAGGGGCCGACAUUGACCACUGGAAGCAAGUUCUCGUGUACAAGGUGAAGGAGAUUAUGGUGUCUGAACACCCCUUGCCUCCCUCGCCCUCCCCGCACGGCCCCCAGACCACGCGUGCAGGUGCUACGCUGAGUGGUGGGGGAGUCAGAAGCCUUGGGGCCGAGGGGAGGGGCCGGAAAGAGCCCGCUCGGAGAAGCGGCUCUGGGUCUCUGCUGCUGGGCCAGAAGGAGAGGGGCUUGCUGGAGCAGCUGGAGAGUGUGGGGCUGCUGGCGUCCAAGAGAAGCGGUGCCUCCCUCGCCACCGAGAGCCACCUGGCCAGCAUCAUCGUCAAGAAGUACCUGCGUGAGAAUGAGACGAUCGGCGCCCAGGAGGACCCCCUGGUCUACUGGGAGAAGAGGCAGGAGGUCUGGCCGGCCCUGGCAAGACUGGCGACUGUCUAUGUGUCCUGUCCCCCAACAGGGGCCUUCUCUGGAAGUGUCUGUGCCUCCCUGGGCAGCCCUGCUCUGGUGCAGCACAACACUCCUCUCCCCGUGGGGACCAUCGAGCGUCUCCUCUUCCUGAAGACCAACCUGGAGAAUUUCCCCAACUACACCGCCCCUCCCCUCCUCUUCCCCCAGAAAGACCUGGCCGAGGGGGAACAGGCCAGCGAGGCUGACCUCUGCCUGACUGUCUGAAAGUCUGCCUGCAGGAGAGCUCUGCCCGGGCUCGGAGGGGAGAGCAGACCAAGCACUCCAGGCUGUUAGACGGGGGUGUCUGGAGUC